AUGACCAGCUACGAGAAAUACAGAUAUAAUGGUCCCGGAGAAGUUGACAUCGAGCCUGAAGGACUGUCAGCUACGCGCUCGAUAGACCUGGUUGGUGGCGCCCCUGCUGGGUAUCAUGACCGAGACGUCUUCGGGAACGAAGAAAAUGUUACCAUCCGAUACAAAACCCUGUCGUGGCCUAUGGUUGCUGUGCUCAUGAUUGCUGAGAUCGUCAGCAAUGGCAUGCUUUCUCUCCCGGCAGCUACGGCUGUUGUAGGGAUUGUCCCUGGGGUUGUUCUGAUAGCUUUCCUGGGUGUCUUCGCGUUAUACACAUCAUUCGUCUUAAUCGACUUCAAGUUGAACCAUCCUGAAGUCCACAACAUGGGAGACGCCGGAAAGAUCCUUGGAGGCCCCAUUGUGCGAGAAAUACUUGCCGCUGGAACCGUGAUCUUCGCCGUCUGUGCAACUGGGUCACAAUUACUGGCUGGCCAAAUUACAUUGAGUAUUUUGUCGGAUAAUAAGCUCUGCCUGAUGCUAUACACUGGAAUUUUUACUGUUCCAACACUGGUUCUCUCCUUUCCACGAACUCUCGAUCAGCUCUCGUGGCUCUGCAUACCAUCCUGCAUCUGUAUCCUGGUUGCAGGGAUCGUUGGUAUGGCGGCAGCGGGUGCAAACCCGGCACCAGACCGACAUGUGGACGUUGCACGCUCUGCCAGUUUCUACGACGCCUUCGUUUCUAUCACCAACCCCGUGUUUGCUUAUGCUGGCCACUUCAUGUUCUUCAUUCUGAUAUCGGAAAUGAAGAGACCAGCAGACGCAAAGAAGGCAGCGUGGGUACUGCAAGGAUUCGCGACUUUAUUCUAUAUCGUAUUUGCAGUCGUCAUGUACGUGUAUCUUGGGCCAUCUGUCAUGUCACCAGCAUUCUCUUCCCUCCCGCCUAAAUGGGCGAAAGCCACCUACGGCAUUGCGCUUCCGAACUUCCUGAUUGCUGGCAGCCUUUACUCCCAUACCGCUGCUAAGCUCUUUUUCAUUCGCUUGUUUCGACACACGAAGCAUUUGCACGAGCACACCUUUCUUGGUUGGACGACAUGGACGAUCUUGAUCCUGCUUGCCAAUGGCGCGGCCUUCGUUCUUGCUGUCGGCGUCCCUAUAUUCGCCUAUCUCGUAUCGAUCGCUGCCAGUUUAUUCGCGAGUUGGUACACUUACGGAAUUGCAGGCGCUUUCUGGCUUCAUGAUGCCUGGCACGGCUUGGAUAGAGGACAGCUCAGGGGUGUGUCCGGCAUAAGAGCGUGGAAAGAGAGUCCACUCAAGACCGUCAUAAAUGUCCUCACGUUCCUUGCGGGGGCAUUUAUAUGCGUUGCCGGAACAUACGUCUCCAUCAAACUUAUCAUCGACGCAUACAACGCCGGAACUGUCGGCUCGCCUUUCGCAUGCUAA